AUGUCCAGCCUUAGUAGUAGUAAAAACCCAGCACUUCUGAGUUGUAGGGUGGUAAAUAUUAAGCAGCGUCUUUACUCUGAGGCAGAGGAAAUCUUAGAGGCUGGUGUUAAAGGAACUUCAGAAUCCCUUAAAGGUGUGAAACGAAAAAAGAUUGUAGCUGAGAAUCACCUAAAAAAAAUACCAAAAUCCCCACUGAGAAAUCCUCUUCAGGCAAAACAUAAACAAAAUCCAGAAGAAUCAUCUUUUGCUGUUCUUCAGAGUGCAUCAGAAUCUCACAGGAAACAGAAUUAUAUUCCCAUAAAAAAUGGGAAGCAGUUUACCAAACAAAAUGGAGAAGCACCUGGGAUAAUUGCUGAAGCCUCAAAAUCCGAAGACUCUGUUUCUCCAAAGAAGCCCUCAUUUCUGCAGCACCCAUCUGACCUGCGCAGGUGGAGAUCAGAAGGCGCUGACCCCGCCAAAAUCAGCGUCCUCGAUGGAAAAUGUGACUCGAGUUCUUUGUCAAGUAAAACCAGGACUGACAAUAGUGAAUGUAUCUCUCCUCAUUGUAGUACUACAUCCCCCUCCUAUACAAAUACCGCAUUUGAUGUCUUACUGAAAGCAAUGGAGCCAGAACUGAGUACCUUGUCACAAAAGGGCUCAUCUUGUGCAAUUAAGGUAGAAAAACCGAGACCAAAUAGAACUGUACGAUCCCCUUCAAAAUUAAAAAACAGUUCAGCGGAUGCCCCGAAUCAGAUUUCGCAGGAAUUUGUUGCUGAAUCGCAGUCUUCUCCUUGCACCUCCUACACAGUGCAUGUGUCCGCUACUCAGAGGAAUGAGCACGGGGCAGCGCAGUCAGUUUCUCAUUCGUAUAAUCAACACGAACACUUUGUUUCCACACCCAACCAACAUAAUCAGCAGCUUCCAGGGGGUUCAGGUUUCACAGGAUCACUGACGAAUCUGCAAAAUCAAGAGAGCGCCAAACUUGAACAAGUCUAUAAUAUAGCGGUGACGUCAUCCCUAGGUCUGAUUUCACCUUCCAAUAGAACUCAGGUUACUCCUCAAAACCAGCAAAUGGAUUCUGCUUCAUCUUUGUCAGUAAGUCCAGCCAAUUCUACACAGUCGCCCCCCACGCCAAUUUAUAACUCAACUCAUGUUGCCUCUGUUGUUAAUCAAAGCAUGGAACAAAUGUGCAAUCUUCUUCUGAAAGAUCAGAAGCCAAAAAAACAAGGAAAAUAUAUUUGUGAGUAUUGCAAUAGAGCGUGUGCAAAGCCCAGCGUGCUUUUAAAGCAUAUCCGUUCCCACACUGGAGAGCGACCCUACCCCUGUGUGACUUGCGGAUUUUCAUUCAAGACUAAAAGUAAUCUUUAUAAGCACAAAAAAUCCCACGCACAUACUAUCAAACUGGGUCUCGUCUUGCAGCCAGAUGCUGGUGGCUUGUUCUUGUCCCAUGAGUCCCCCAAAGCACUUAGCAUCCACUCAGAUGCAGAAGACAGUGGGGAGAGCGAGGAGGAGGGUGCCACUGAUGAGAGACAGAACGACCCGGGUGCCAUGGAGCUGCAGCCCGUGCACAUAAUGAAGGGGAUGUCAAGUGCUGAAACUUUACCAAAAUCUAGUCCCAUUCCAAGCAAUCCAGAUCAUGUAGUAGGUGACUUUUCGCUACAGGACAAAUCUUCAGAAUCCCAGGCUGUGACAGAGUUACCUAAAGUGGUGGUCCAUCCUGUCACCCUGUCUCCGUUAAGAACUAACAGUCCAAAGGUUGUAGAUUCCAAGCCUGAACUUCCGAGUGCACAAAAACAGAAAGACCUUCAGGUAACAAAUGUACUGUCACUUUCAGCCAGUGUGUCCCCGCUGGAGACUGAAGAGAAGUCUCAUCAGAAGGCGGACACAAGCCAGCUGGACGGAAAGCAAGAGUCUCACAUGGGAACAGCGCACGCCCAACUGCAAAGACAGCAGGCUACCGAUUACUCCCAAGAACAGCAAGGAAAACUCCUCCUGAGUCCUCGAAGCUUAGGAAGUACAGAUUCUGGUUACUUUUCACGUUCUGAAAGUGCCGAUCAAACAGUGAGUCCACCAACUCCCUUUGCCAGAACAUUACCCUCCACGGAGCAAGACUCCAUAAAGAAUAAUGGGCCCUCUGCGCCGCGUAGCAACACGGCAGCACCGUCUGCUUCUCCGACAGGGGAAAAGGCAUUGCUCUUACCAGGUCAGAUGCGCCCACCCUUGGCCACGAAAACACUUGAGGAACGGAUAUCGAAGCUCAUCUCAGACAACGAAGCCUUGGUAGAUGACAAGCAAUUGGACAGUGUAAAGCCACGGAGAACCUCUCUCUCAAGACGCGGAAGUAUCGAUUCCCCCAAGUCAUACAUAUUUAAAGAUUCUUUCCAGUUUGAUUUAAAACCAGUGGGACGGAGAACAAGUUCAAGCUCUGAUAUACCAAAGUCCCCCUUCACCCCUACUGAGAAAUCAAAACAAGUGUUUCUUCUGUCCGUACCUUCCCUUGACUGUUUACCUAUUACAAGAAGUAAUUCCAUGCCUACCACAGGUUAUUCAGCAAUUCCUACAAAUAUAAUACCUCCCCCUCAUCCACUGAGAGGAAGCCAGUCGUUUGAUGACAAAAUUGGAGCUUUAUAUGAUGAUGUCUUUGUAUCAGGACCUAACACUCCUGUGCCCCAAAGUGGGCAUCCCCGUACGCUUGUCAGACAAGCAGCAAUAGAAGACUCUUCAACAAAUGAGAAUCACGUUCUCGGGACCGGGCAGUCCUUGGACGAAGGCUACCAAGGAUGCCAUGCCGCUGGCGAGAGCGCAUCAGCCAGGAGCAAGGCAUUGGCACAGGGCUCACAUUUAGAAAAAAAGAAGUCUCAUCAAGGGCGAGGGACAAUGUUUGAGUGUGAAACUUGUAGAAACAGGUACAGGAAACUGGAAAAUUUCGAAAACCAUAAGAAAUUUUACUGCUCAGAGUUACACGGACCAAAGACAAAGGUAGCCAUGAGAGAACCUGAACACAGCCCCACGCCUAGCGGUGCCCAGCCUCAGAUUCUGCACUACAGAGUCGCUGGUUCCACAGGUGUGUGGGAACAGACGCCCCAGAUAAGAAAGAGGAGGAAAAUGAAAAGCGUUGGAGAUGAUGAUGAACUUCAGCAGAAUGACAGCGGAACAUCUCCCAAAAGCUCUGAAGGUCUUCAGUUUCACACUGCCCUGGGCUCUACUCCCGGUUUGUCUAAACAUAAUGUUGCCAUAGCAAGUGACCACCAGCAUAGAAAUCUGCAGCUGCAAACCUCCCAGAUACAGCUUGUUGCCAGGGGCCCCAACCAGACCGUGGAUCCAAAGGUGUCUACCGGCACAGAGCAGCAGAUAAGUUCAGCUGCCCUGGACAAAGCAGAGCUAAAGAGACACGGGACUGGGAUCUCGGUCAUCCAGCACACAAACUCCCUGAGCAGACCCAAUUCAUUCGACAAGCUCGAGCCUUUUGAAAGAGGCUCUCCCAUUUCUUUCCAGGAGCUGAGUAGAACAGGCAAGCCCGAGUCGCUGAAAGUAAUAGGAAUGUCCCAAGAAGAAAGUCACCCUUCUCGCAACGCAUCUCAUCCUCACCAGCAGGCACCGUCAGACGCCCUCAGAGGAGAACUUCAGGAAAGCGCAAGAAAGAUUUCAAGUGACAGGCAUGUGUUAGGACAGCCCUCAAGGCUUGUCCGGCAGCACAACAUCCAAGUCCCUGAGAUUUUGGUCACAGAAGAACCAGAUCGGGACCUGGAAGGCCAGGGCCAUGAUCAGGAAAGAUCAGAGAAGUUCAGUUGGCCUCAGCGUAGUGAAACCUUGUCAAAAUUGCCAACGGAGAAACUCCCUCCCAAAAAGAAGAGACUCCGUCUGGCCGAGAUAGAGCAUUCCUCCACCGAAUCCAGCUUUGAUUCCACUCUGUCCAGGAGUCUCAGCAGGGAUAGCAGCUUAUCACACACUUCAAGUUUCUCAGCCUCGCUAGACGUAGAGGACAGUUCUAAAACUGAGGCUUCCCUCAAAAUUGAUUUUCUAAAUAAAGCUGAGUUCCUUGUGAUUCCAGCUGGCUCAAAUACACUGAAUGUUCCUGGAAGUCACCGGGAAAUGAGGCGUGCUGCAUCAGAACAGAUUAAUUGCACACAAACCUCAAUGGAGGUGUCUGAUCUCAGGAGUAAAUCAUUCGACUGUGGAAGCAUAACCCCACCCCAGACGACAGCACUUCUUGAAUUGCAGCCUCCGACUUCCCCCUCUGGCAUGGGAGUCGCUGGGCACGUGCCUCUCUUAGAAAGAAGGAGAGGCCCCCUGAUACGGCAGAUAUCUUUAAACAUAGCUGCAGACAGUCAUCUGUCUCCUGUAAACCCAGCAUCUUUCCAAAAUAUUGCUCUUCCCAGUGUGAGUGCAGUGCCGUUUCAGGGGCCCCGGCUCACUAAUACAUGUUUAGCUGAGUUUCCUGCAAAUACUUUGCACUCCCAGACUCAAGUUAAGGAUCUACGGGCAGAAACGUCAAACUCCAGCUCCACUAACCUCUUUCCUGUUAAGCAGCUUUGUGGUAUCAAUUUGUUAAAUCACAUCCAUGUACCCCUUAGCCACCAGAACACGCAGCUGUCUCUGCAAGUGUCUACACAGGGUGACAAAUCAGGUACAAGUUCUGCUUUAUGUGUGUCUUCGAAAAGUGAGGAUUGCUUUGCUCCCAAGUAUCAACUGCAGUGUCAGGUUUUCACCUCAAGCCAGUCUUGCUCUCCUAAACCUGUACAUUCUUUGCCAAAUCAAGUUCCUUCAGAUCCAGUUGCAGCAGAUCGUUGCACGACAUCAGCAGCAUUACCAACCAAGCUAAUAGAUACCAUGUCUGCUUCACGUCCUCUGCCCCCGCUGGAGCUCGGGUCCCUUGGUGUUCCGGCGCACAAAGUGCCGUCAUCAUUUAUGCUGCCCGUGUGCCUGCAGAGGAAUGUGCCUGCUUACUGUUUCACCUCAUGUACAUCCCUGCCACAAAUCCUCGUGACCCAGGAUCUAUCCAAUCAGCCGAUUUGCCAGGCUAAUCGUAGUAUAGUGCCAAUCAGUGAAGAACAAAAUCCUGUGCCAGAAUCACAAAAAGAUCACCAAAAUGCUUUGCCAAACCUAGAGAAAGAACCUGUUUGUGAAAAUGUCCUUUCAGAGAUGGGCCAAAAUUCUCUGUCAGAAUCCUUGCCCGUAACUCAGAAAGUGUCUAUUGGUAGACUUUCCCCCCAACAAGAAUCUUCAGCUUCGAGUAAAAGGAUGCUUUCUCCAGCAAAUAGCUUAGACAUUGCCAUGGAAAAGCACCAAAAGCGGGCCAAAGAUGAAAAUGGAGCUGUUUGUGCAACAGAUAGUAGACCAGUGGAGCCAUUGAGUUCAAGAGCUAAUGAAGCUAAUAAGCAGAAGAAACCUGUUUUAGUGAGGCAGGUUUGUACUACAGAGCCCCUGGAAGGUGUGGUAUUGGAACAGGAUAUUUUUUCUCAACCUGAAAUUAGUAGUGAGUCUGUUAAUCUGACAGAUGUUUUACCAGCAGAUAAUUCAUCAUCAGGACACUCCAAGUUUGUAAUGGUGGAACCUAUAAAUGAAUUGCAAGAAUUUGAAAACAUCGAGUCGUCCACCUCAUUAACUCUUACAGUUCGAAAUUCACCUGCCCCUUCAGAAAAUACUCACAUUUCUCCUCUGAAAUGUAUAGACAAUAACCAAGAAGGGGGUAAGUCUCCAGGAGUUAAGAAUCAGGGUGACAAAGUGAACAUCCAAGAACAAAGUCAGCCACCAACCACUACCGUUUCAUUGUUCAGUGUCAGGGACACACAGCAGGUGGCUUUCCCCAGCCUGAAGACUGCGACCAGCUUUACGUGGUGUUAUCUCUUAAGACAGAAGUCAUUGCAUUUGCCUCAGAAGGACCAGAAAACUUCGGCCUAUACUGAUUGGACAGUAAGCUCCAGUAAUCCAAAUCCCCUUGGUUUGCCCACAAAAGUUGCUCUUUCUCUCCUGAAUUCAAAGCAGAAUACUAGAAAAUCACUAUACUGUCAAGCAAUAACUACCCAUUCCAAAUCAGAUUUAUUGGUCUACUCAAGCAAAUGGAAAAGCAACUUAAGCAAGAGAGCAUUAGGUAAUCAAAAGUCCACAGUAGUUGAAUUCAGCAAUAAAGAUGCCUCUGAAAUUAACAGUGAGCAAGAUAAAGAAAAUUCCUUAAUCAAAAGUGAACCAAGAAGAAUUAAAAUAUUUGAUGGAGGAUGCUUGGUGUCCUCAGAAGAAGCUGAGCUGUCCCCCUGCAUUCAUGAUCACUGGGACAAUAUGCCCAGUGGUCCUCAGUCUAAUAAUACUUACCGAGGAAAUCUGACAAAACACAUGAAGUCCAAGGCACAUAGCAAGAAAUGUGUGGAUUUAGGCGUCUCAGUAGGUUUAAUAGAUGAACAAGAUACGGAAGAAUCAGAUGAAAAGCAAAGAUUCAGUUAUGAGCGGUCCGGAUAUGAUCUUGAAGAAUCUGAUGGCCCCGACGAGGAUGAUAAUGAAAACGAAGACGAUGAUGAAGACAGCCAGACGGAAUCAGUCCUGUCAGCCACACCCUCGGUCACAGCCAGCCCGCAGCACCUUCCGUCCAGAGGUGGCCUGCAGGACCCUGUGGGUGCUGAGGAGGACAUCAGGAUUAGCGGUUGCUUUUCCGGGGCACAUCCCGACCCGAUGGACGUUCUGCCGAGAGCUUUGCUCACCAAGAUGACAGUCCUGAGCACAGUGCAGUCUGACUGCAGCAGGAAGGCAGACUCUCCGGGGAAGGCAAGGCCGCGUGCGGCGAGAGAUGAAGAUGAGGUGAUUCCUCCUGCAGACUCUUCCGGGUCACCAGAAGCUGCACCCAGAUCCCCGUGUCAUCAGAUGUCUGUGGACUAUCCUGAAUCAGAAGAAGUUCUGAGAAGUUCUGUGACAGAAAAAGCUAUUGCUUUAACACAGAGCUCAUCGCCCAUAGGACUUGCUCCCGCUGCAGCCAGGCACAGCCCUCAGACGGCAGCGGGGAUUCCUUCGGUGGCCUCUCCUCAUCCUUACCCUCAGGAACAGAAGCCGCAGACAGCUCUGCAGCCGACUCCAGGCUUGCCUUCGCCCCAGACGCAUUUGUUCAGCCACCUUCCUUUGCAUUCCCAGCAGCAGUCAAGGACACCUUAUAAUAUGGUUCCAGUUGGGGGGAUCCACGUGGUACCCGCUGGCCUCACAUACUCCACAUUUGUACCCCUUCAGGCUGGGCCAGUGCAGCUUACGAUCCCUGCUGUCAGUGUCGUCCACAGAACCGUGGGCACUCCUGGGGACACAGUCACAGAGGUGUCUGGCACUACAAAUCCCGCUGGAGUGGCUGAACUAAGCAGCGUUGUGCCAUGUAUUCCCAUUGGCCAAAUCCGUGUGCCAGGCCUUCAGAACUUCAGUACGCCGGGCUUGCAGCCACUUCCGUCGUUAAGCAUGGAAACCGUCAACAUCGUAGGCCUAGCCAAUACGAACGUGGCCCCGCAAGUGCAUCCGCCGGGACUCGCGCUCAAUGCCGUGGGACUGCAGGUCCUGACUGCAAACCCUUCCUCACAAAGCAGCCCCGCCCCCCAGGCCCACAUUCCAGGGCUCCAGAUCUUGAACAUAGCAUUGCCUACUUUAAUCCCCUCGGUCGGUCAGGUUACCGUCGAUGCACAGGGAGCUCCCGAAAUACCAGCUUCCCAAAACAAAGCACGCGAGACGCAACCCACGCAGACUUCUGUAGCCAAUGCAAACCAGGUCAGCAGGACCGAGUCUCCUCAGGGGUCACCUAAAGUCCAGCAGGAAAACGCAAAAAAAGUUCUGGAUCCACCUGCCCCUGCAGGUGACCACGCAAGGCUGGAUGGCUCAAGCAAAAUGGACACAGAGAAGGCAGCCUCAGCAAAUCAUGUGAAGCCCAAGCCUGAACUCAUCUGCGUGCAGGGCCAGCUGGUGUCCGUGGCAGAGCCUCUGCUGAAGGCACAUUCUGAAGGUGUCACAAAGCCAUCAGGCCGGCAGACCCUCUCUCCAGACAGGCAGGUGCCCAGGCCCACAGCACUGCCCCGGAGGCAGCGCCCUGUGCAGUUGAGCGACGUGAGCAGCGAUGAUGAUGAGGACAGGCUUGUGAUAGCAACCUAGUGGGGUUUAUUUUUUAUUGUUUCUUUUUUAAUAACACUUAAAGGUUUCUUUGAAAACCCUUCUUUCCUUAAAGCACAUUUUUCUGACAUAAACUCAUGACUAAUCUUUGUGCAAUCAUGAACUUUUGACCAAUAAUUGUUGUUUUGUGUCAGCUCCAGCCAUUUUUGUACAUGUUGUAUAGACAAUUGUGCCUUUUAGGAGUUUUAUGUUUAGAAACUGUACAAAUUGUUGAA